AUGAUAUUCACCGCCGAGUCGCGCAGUAAGGACUGGGAAAGCUAUGCAUUCGGGAGCGCUCAAGGCAAGAAGAAGCCAAAUGGUCCAACUACUGGAACGAGAGGUGGCAUGAGGCAAACCUUGAGAGACGAUAAGACGAGAAAAAUCAAGAAUCAUGAUUUUGAGUGUCAUCAUUGUGGAGGUAAAGGCCAUUACAAGAGAAAUUGUCCACAAUUGAUGAAUGAAGAGAAGUCGCGUGGAAGAAAAAGUGCUCACGCAAAGUACGCCAACUCUGGUAGCAAGACGAAAAUGGAAGAGAAGGGCGAGCCUUUAUUGCAACGCAAGGUGCAAGCAGAUAAGCGUGACGUGGUGAUAGGAGAAGCUACAAAGUUGACGUCAAAGGAUUCAACUACUAGCAACUGGUAUUUCGACACGGGUGCAAAUGCCCACAUAGUGUUCUCCAAGGAAUACUUUACUGUACUACAGAGUAUGGAAGACAGUGACUGGAAUCCAAAGAUAUCCGGAUUCACACUCAAUGGAGCGAAAGCAAAAGCUGAAGGAUUUGGUACGAUUAUUCUUGCAACAGUUGUUGGUGAAGAAUUGGUAACAGUGUUCGUGGAAGACGUUCUCUACGCCCCUCAAGCUGGAGGCAAUUUGUUUUCGCCUGGUUUGGCUAUGGACCAAGGAUUCAGCAUGUCAUGGGACCCGAAUGCUAAGAUAUUUACUAUGACGAAAGACGAUAUCGAGGUGAUACGGACACAUCGGAAGCACCGCCUAUGGACGUUUACUGCUCAAAAUGCAAAUAAUACUGCACAGCACAAGAAAAACAUUACCACGAAGCGACAAGUUAUUGCUAACUUUGCAGUGACUGAUGGUGUGGAAGAUAUCGAUGUCUGGCAUGAACGACUGGCACACACGUGUCCAGAAUAUAUCCGGUUGAUGGUUGAUCGUGGCCUGGCAAAAGGUAUCAUGCUAAAGAGACGUGGGAAAUUCGAUUGUGUAGACUGUCAUGUUGGUAAACAGCGGCGAAAGUCAUUUCGAAAGGCGUUAGAUAGAAAUAUCGCGAACGUUAAUGACAUUGUUUUUGCCGAUUUGCUGAUACCAGGAAUAGGCAAUGGAUCCCCAUACACCGCCGUCCUAGUCGUUAUGGAUGGAUACUCACGUUACGUCAGUGUCUUCAUGCUCAAGUCUAAGUCUGAGAAUGAAGUCAACAAAUUCAUGCAGGAAUAUAUUGCUUGGGCUGAACGACAAGUUGGCAAGAGGGUUGAGGCUGUGAUUACUCAUCAGUUGAGUGAAGAUUCUCAACGAAGCCAAGGAGCUCUCGUGAGGCAAGUCCUUACAGACAAAGGACAGGAAUUUGCAAUGGUACAAUGGCACAGUGGUAUCAAGAAAGGGGCAUAG